AUGGGUGGUCUGAAGCUGGGUUCGUGCGUCGUGGAUCCCGUGGAGGAAGGAGGAACGGGGGAGGCUCGCCUGGGAACUAGAGAAGUGAUGAUUGGAGGAUUUGUUUUGUUCCGCUGGUUCGGCCAGAUGAGAGAUGUGCAGCAGUUCCCAAACAAGCAGGCGUUUGACAGCUGCGAUUUCUCCAGAGCAGACCCGGCCGGCGGGGCUGACGUCAUCACGGUGGUGUCGGCGGGGGAAGGGGCGGAGGAGGAGGACGAGUCUUUGCAACGACUGAGAGCGCUGCGGCAGGUGGUGGGGGGAGAGCGUUCCGCUGCUGCAGCAGCUCACCCCUUAGCUCCUUCAAGCAGUCCACACCGAGUUUGCCACUCCAUUCUCACAACCUACACAUUUCCCUCCCCCUCACAUUUCCCCUCCGCCCUUUCACCCCUUCCCCCCCCCCUCUUCUUUCCCUGCCCCCUCGUCCUGCCCACUCCUGCCACCCACCUCCUUCCUCAUCCACCUUCCUUUGCAACCGUGGCAGUGCGUGAUUUGAAAGAUCAAAGCGCCGCGUCAGCCGCUGUGCUGGCGGGGUACGAGCAGUGGCAUGCUGACGUGGCAGGGAGGGUGUGUGGUAACCAGCAGGAGCUGAUGAGUCGCAUGGAGGCGGUGGAAGCACUGGCAGGGAAGGUGUACAAGCGCAUGAACUGGACCAGCAGCGUUGUGAAGAGCAACCUGCAGCACUUGAGGGCAGGCAAGUACUUUGUCGUCCUAAGGAUGGAGAUGGAGCAUCUGCGGAAUCAGCUAAGUGCCGUGACACGCAGCUAUGAGGGGCUCUGUGAGGAGCUGGAAGUGGCAGGGCUGGAGUUUGACUGUGAGAUGGAGGAGAUUCGCAGGAUUGAUGGGGAUGUGGCUGCUGAAGGUGGUGUUGAAGCGAGGUGUCGCUCACACCAUGGCGUCUGCACGGACGGCUGGGAUGACCCCUCUGCUUCUGCUGCUUCUCGCAGCAACCUUCACCGGUGUUGUGUACACCCAGGUCGGGUUUCCGCCCUCGCCAGUAAUGGCCGGCCGCUGCCAGUGAUGGUCGGGUUCCUGCAGGGCAACCCAGUGAGCCACUGGAGUGGGGGAGUGAACCUGUGGAAGCCGCCUGCUGUGAAGCCAGGGGACAUUCUUGUCUUCCAGUGGUUCGCAGAGACGCACGACGUGCAGCGCUUCAAGAAUAUAUUUGCCUUCAAAACCUGCGCCUUCUUCAAUGCCGUGCCGCUCACAUCUGCCUCGCAGUUCGGCAUGCGUCUCUUUCAAGUUAAGCCCGCCCAUGCCGGCAAAACACUCUUCUUUGGCAGCAGUGUGGGUAAGGACUGCCAGCGAGGCGUCAAGAUCGCCAUUCCUGUCAGCUAG